CUUCUUUUGUCCCCCAUCUCCCUGCCCGCAGAGCCGGCGGUCCUGGCGAUGCCACGCACCCCCUGAGCCAGCCGGGGUCACCCUGGCUGGUGCCAUGGCCAGGCUGCAGGCUCCGUCCAGGAGGCGGCAGGGACAGUAGCCAGGGGGUCCCACAGCUCACCCGCGGGCUGGGAGGAGCUGAGAACGGCAGAACAGCCCCUGAAACACGACCCAACGCCGUCCACCGUGUAUGAGGCUGGGACACAGUACGCAGGACCCGCGUCCACAGAGUUACUCCUUCCGAUGUCCCGGCAUGAGACUUCUCCGACAACGGUGCAACCCGCCAGCAACCACCGCCCCAACGCCUGCUGCUUCUGCUGGUGCUGCUGCUGCAGCUGCUCCUGGAACGAGGACCGAGAGCGAGCAUGGAGGGCAUCCCGGGAGACCAAACUGGAGAGCAUCCCAAACUGUGAAGCGUGUGCCAAACCCACGCCGGAGGAGGUGCAGGGCUGGGCGCAGUCCUUCGACAAGCUGAUGAAGAGCCCGGCGGGGCGCAACGUCUUCCGGGAGUUUUUGCGGACUGAGUACAGCGAGGAGAACAUGCUCUUCUGGCUGGCAUGUGAGGAGCUCAAAACUGAGUGCAACAAACACACCAUCGAUGAGAAGGCCAGGAUGAUCUACGAGGAUUACAUCUCCAUCCUCUCUCCCAAGGAGGUGAGCCUGGACUCGCGGGUGCGGGAGGUCAUCAACCGGAAGAUGCAGGAGCCGUCCUCGCACACCUUCGACGAUGCACAGCUCCAGAUCUACACGCUGAUGCACAGAGACUCCUAUCCCCGCUUCCUGAACUCUGCCAUUUACAAAUCGCUGCUCCAGACCGUCUCCCACUCCUCCUCGGAGUCCUAAGGGCACCCACUAGCCGUGGGGACACUAGUGGGGACAUGGUGGCCGGGGCGGUCGGUGCCUCCUCCCCUCUGCCGCCCUCCUUGCCAGACCUCACCAAGUUUUUAGCUUUUUACCUAUGAACUGUCACCCCGGUGUCUGGGCCACACUGCAGGACUGUCCCCAGGACACAGCCUGGGCCAGUUCGUACUACUGAUUCUCUGCCCUGUCCCCAGUGCUGGCCAGAGCAAGCUGGGGGAGCACGGGACAGCACCCAGGGCCUGGCUCCCCCCACACCAUUUGGAAGAGGUUACUUUAUCCCAUCUCCACCACACCUGGGGACAUGGCAUGUCCCCAUUUGCCACCUGAGACCCAGUUGGGAACUGGGUUGGGGGUUUUUUGAGGUGGGGGGAGGUUGACUGUUGUUGGUUUGGGUUUGUUUUUUUUAAUUUUAAAUGCUCUUUUGGUUGGCUUUUACUGGGGGACUUGAAGUGUGGGAGGGGGGGGUUGACGAGCAUCUCUGUACAUAUAAAAACCUGUCAGGUUUACCUGGUUCCAGCUGUUUGAGGUGGCCCACAGGGCAGGGGGGUGGUGCCAGAGGCUGUUUGUAUUUCUGGUGGGGCAGAGGGCAGAGCUCUGAGGUGCCUUAAGGGACCAUGGGGAUGUGCUGGGGAGUGGGAAGGAGAUGUCUUACAGCUGCCUCCCCUGACAGUCCCCAUGACACAUCUGCACUGCUUCAGCCCCAGGACACCACACACUGCCACCCCAAACCCAGAGCAUCCUCCCUCCUUGGUUCAUGGACCUCAGAGAGGGGGAAAACACCUGUGCAGGCAUUGUUUGCUCUCCUGCAGAACCCACAGGCACCAGGAUGCCUGCAGGAGAGAGCUCCCAGCUGACUCAGGUCUGCUGUGCCAGCAGGGAGAAGCCCAUGGGUCUACCUGGCUCCCUCACUGAGCAGGGACCUGGGCUCUCAUCACGCAGGAUGGAAAGUGUCACGGGGGGAUACAGAAUUCCCAUGUUUUUGCACAGCACAAGGAAUGAUUUACUGAAUACUGACUCAGUAUUGAAGGCUCAGUAUCCAGGAUUAAAACAUGUCUGUCCCUGCCCUUCACGCUGAAACAAAGCCAACACAAGGGUUUUGCUGCCAGUCUUUGCUUCUCCUGAUCCAACACAGCAGUUUCUUAUUUAUCCAUCCCUUCCCCUCCUCUCUUCAGCCCUUCCAAAAGAAAAAAAAUGCUUUUUAUUGAACAUAUUUUUUAAACAAAACAAUUCUUUCA